GUAAAAAGAGGAAAUAACGUAACUCUACAACAUCAGUUAUGACGUCACGAACGCAUGACAUUGACGACGGAUGGGCGUGGGUUGUCCUUGCAGCCGUUUACAGUGGACAACUGCUCCUGUCGACAGCUAUGUACACAGCAGGAGUAUUGUAUGUUGAAAUGCUAGAUUAUUACCAAGACGAUGCCACAAAAACAUCGAUUAUUGGAUCCCUAAACUCAGGACUUCUAUGUUUACUAGGGCCUCUUGUUUCCAUUUGCAUAAACAAGCUUUCUUGCCGCGUCACAAUAUUCACUGGUGGAGUAUGUCUCAUGUUGGCAUAUUUGUCCAGUGCCUUUGUCAGCAAUAUUAACCUGUUGAUACUCAGUAUUGGUGUCCUUGGUGGAAUAGGAAAUGCACUUUCAAGCGUGCCAUUUACCGUUGUGCUGGUGUAUUAUUUUGAAAGACGAAGAAACAUCGUUUUAAUUUUAAGUCAGGCUGUCAUAGGAAUCGCUAUGUUUCUGGCUUCGCCAUUAGCCUUGUGGUUACUUGAUGAGUAUGGGUUAAAAGGAACGUUUUUGAUUAUUGCAGGCUUCUGUGCACACCUAUGCGUGUGUGCCGUGAUAUGCAAACCAUCAGUGAAAGAAGCAAAAUAUAAGCAAUACAAAUAUGUCUUCGUCGCUGCGAUAGGACUUUUGACUGGUUUGCCAAACUCGCUGGCUACUCCCCUAACUCUCACUCUCGUUGGUGUUGAAAAUAUAUCAAUUGCUCACGGGCUGGUGUAUUUCUUUUGUGGUAUUGGAUUCGUGUCCGGUCCACCAUUAGCAGCGUUGCUGCUAGAAGGAACAGGCUCAUACGAGAACAGCUUUUUCAUGUCUGGUGCAGUUUUACUUUUUGGGAGCCUAAUGGCGGUUGCUGCAAAAAUACGCCUAAGAAAGGCACAAAAAGAGCGGAAGAAAACGAACGAUGAAAGCAGCGGUGAAGAAAUUACGACGUUAUUCGAAAAAAAUCAGCAGUGAU